UGCACCAAUUAUCACACACAUAACGAAAGAAACAAAGAGAAUGGGGAGGUUGCAUAUUGUGGCGGUAGUAACAAGUUUUAUAACGGUAAUCCCAUUAUGCUUAUUGGCACAAAACUCUCCACAAGACUAUCUUGAAGCUCACAAUAUUGCACGUGCAGAAGUUGGGGUUAAUCCUCUGCUGUGGGAUAAUGAGCUAGAAUCACAGGCCAACACGUUUUUGAGUAAACACAUUGUGGAUUGCCUUGAUGGGGUAUCUAUAUCCCCUCAUCCUAUGUACGGUCAAAACACUUUGAGUAGUCCAUCCAAAAGCUUUACAGGAGCAUUUGCUGUGGCAUGGUGGGUGGCACAAAAACAAAAUUACGACUACAGAUCCAACACUUGCAUUGGUGGUAACCCUGCUAAUUGUGUUACCUACACUCAAGUUGUUUCCAAGUCAUCUACUUAUGUAGGAUGUGCUAGAGCCAAUUGUCUUAAUGGUGGAACUCUUGUUAUUUGUUACUAUCACCCUCGAGGCAACAUCUUAGGUACUCGCCCCUACUAAUUAAUUACUAAUUAGUAGUUCCCAAAUUUAAAUAAGACUCACCAUCCUCCUUUAUUAUUACGAAAUAAAUAAAAAUGUUAUUCGUAUACUAAAAUCAGUUACUA